AUGUCAUUUCUGCUUCUAGUUGUACGAUGGACUCAACACUUACUGACUGAAUUUCACGGUCUUAAGCAUCAGUUUAAGCGAAUACUGGAGAAAAAAUUCGAAAAUCAGGAAUUAAAUAUUAAUGCUGAUUUGAACAAUAAAACACGAAUGCUUUAUAAUCAUAUGAAACAACUAGAACAGACUCUACAAACUGUUCUGUCAAAAAAAUCAUUUGAUGAAUUACAAAGUUACCUUACAAAAAUUGAUCAUAGUACUGAUGUAAAUGAAUUAAAGCAAAAGAUUAAUGAUCUAAUUGACACCUAUAUUAAAAUUAUCGAAUCAUUAGAAUAUGUUGAGCAGCAACAAGAAGAAAUAGAUCGUAAUAGUAAUCGUUUGGUGAGUAUAAAAAAUAUAUUAGAACGAUUAAAAGAAUUAAAUGCCAAAGUAUCACAUACAAUAUGUAUCAUUGGAUUGGAGAAAUGUGGUAAAUCAACAUAUAUCAAUGCACUAUUAGGUUACGAUCUAUUACCAUCUGACAGUAAACGUUGUACGCAAAUUCGUACAAUUCUGAAGCCACCAAUGAGAGAUAACCCAAAUCUGUUUGCUACUGCCAAAUUUUAUAACGAUAGUGAAUUUGGCAAUUUACUGGAACAGAUGAAAAGGAAGGACGAUGAAUCAGAUGAAAAUUUUCAGUUACGUAAAAAACAAAUCAUGGAAUUACGCAGUACAAUAGUUUCGAAAUAUCCGGAGGGAGAACAGCGUUUUAACACAGGUAGCGGAGGUGGUGGCAGUGUAAAUGCCGGCGGUGAACGUAAACAAGUUUCUGAAUAUAUUGUCGGCGAAUCAUAUGUUAAUAUUAUUAAAGAAUUAACAAUUUUUACAGAUAAAUUACCAGGUAAAAACUAUGAAUUAUUAGAUGUUCCUGGUUUUGAUUCCCCAAUCAAAGAACAUCGUCUGGCUGGUCUACAAGCUAUAAAAUCAUCCGAUGCAUUUCUAUAUCUUACCGACGGUCAACGUCCAGAUUUAACAGAGCCUCAGAUGGUUCUGUUAAAUGAAAUCCAAGGAGAAAAUCAUUAUGAGGCAAUGCAACGUGCAUUUGGUAUUAUAACGAAACUUGAUCUCUGUCAAACACAAACAAAAUUUAAUGAUCAUUUCCUCAAAGCACGGGAUCAAUUAAUAGAAAAAAAAUUUAAGAAAGAACAUAUUUUUGCAAUAUGUUCAGUAUUACAAUUACUGAAACAAAAUUCAGAAGAAUUUACAGUAAUUCAAGAUAAAAUAAAAAAUUUUGGUGAAUUAGAAAACGGUUUUCAAAAAAGUAAAACUGCUCUUAGUCAAUUUAUAGAAUGUGAAUUACCAAAAACACAUUUAAAACAGUUGGUUGAUUUAGCAAAAAAUGAACUUCUUAGAUAUGUCACUGAUACUUUAAAAACUGCAAGAAAAAUACUACCCAUAAAUCCGACAGAAGAAACUUCAAUUGAUACUUAUAUUAAAAAACUGAACACUGAAAAAUGGGAUCAAGUGUAUGAAGAAGAACGAUUUCAGCCAACAUUUGCUAAGGCAAAUUUUUGGCAAAAGACACAACUCACUGAAAAUCGUUCAAAAUUUAUUGAUGAAACUAAACGAAUAUUUCAUGAUCGGUUUCGUGCAUUAGCAAUGGAAGCCCCUGAACAACGACCUCAGCGUUCGAUAAAGCGACUGAUGUUUGAAACAUACGGCUUUACACCGCUACAUCCAAAUUCACAUCCUCCUGAAGAUAAAAUUCGUGAAAAGUUAUGCUUUGAAUUAGAAAAAGUUGUUCUCAGAACAUCGAAUGAAUUAACUCAACAUUUCUACGAUAAUUACGUAUGUAAACUAGUAAAAAUUUUAAAUGAAAUAUGUCCAGAAGACAACGGUUUAUAUGAAACAACUUUAUCAUUGGAAAUAUGUAAAAUUGAAACACGUACAUUAGUCACACGUGUCUGUGGCCCGGUGAUUGCAGCAACGUUAAGAUUUUCCCAGUCAGAUGCAAAGUGUAGACAAGCUGCCGUUGACGAAUUAAUUCUGGUUGCACCAACUGUUGCCUAUAAUCUGUGUGAAAAUAAUAACAGUAAUGAUGGAACAAAUAGUGGUAGUGGAAUAAUGGCAACAUUCUCAAGCCUAGCACCAACGUUAGUAAAAGGUAUUGAACUAGGACUUGGAAUUUUUGGAAGAACUGGUAUACAAAAUAGACUAACAGCAGAAGUUGUGAAAAUGAUUUUCAGACGAAUAAUUUAA